UCUACAGGGAAAAAUCGGGUGCUCCUCACACACAAUAUCGUCAACUGUAAUUUUUUUUUUUUCUUUUCUUUUUCUCUCUCAAUUAUGUCGUCGGUGUCCUUCGCCUGAAAAAUUAAACGCGCUAUCGAUGAUCCGGUCAGAUUCUUGGUCAUCGUAAAGAUAGCUUUUGAAUUUCCAAGUGAUCACUACUAUCCAUUAAGAGUAGUAGAAACCGUGGAGAAGCAAAAUGGUAUGUUUAGAUUCUUCUUUGAAGUUUUUAUCAGAAGGGUUUUUGGAUGGCAAAGGGUACAGAAGGAGAUCCUCCAUUUGAUAAUCCUUCAAGAAUUGACCCUAAACGGUCUCGUCACUGGUUUAUAGAUGCAGCCGAACCUGAGUUGUUCCCAAACAAGAAGCAGGCUCUCCUAACACCAAACAGCACAUCUAGUUCACAAAUUUCCAAUGCAAAUGUUCCUACUUGGGACAACCCAUCUGGUUUUCAGUCAGUUCCAAACCAAUUUAUGCACCGUUUAUUUGGACCUGAAACAGCAAGAUCUGUCAAUUUUGGAACAGAUGACAAUGCAUCUGUUAGUCUGUCUAUGUCUCACACUAUGGAAGAUCCAGAAGCAUGUCUUGGCUACAAUGGUUUUAGGAAAGUUAAAGUCAAUCAAGUUAAGGACUGUGACAAUGGUAUGCAUGAACUGAAGGGACAUGGUUUUAUCAAUGAGAGUAACAGUGAAAAUAAUUUUAUAUCAAUGGGGCAGGCCUAUGAUAAGGAGGAUGGUAAUGUCACAUUAAUGGGUCACGGCUAUGAUAGAGAUGCCCAUAAUGUAGCAACAUGUCACACAUAUAUCAAAGAAGACGACAACGCUAUUCCGAUAACUGAUGCCUACAGUAAGGAGGAUGCCAAUAUGAUAUCUUUUGGGGGAUUUCCCGAUGCACAGGAUAUUAUACCUGUUGGCAGGCCUGGUAGUGGUUAUGAUCAGUAUCAGUCCUCAGUUCAGGCACCAGAAGCAGUUCACGAAAAAGAGUUGGAUGCAUCAAAUGCAGAUGCAGCUGCAGCUGCAGCUGCAAGCAACACUCGAGUUGCAAAGGCAAAACUUGAAUCUGUUCCCAGGAACAAACCAGAGGUCAAAACUACCCGAAAAGAAGCACCAAAUAGCUUUCCUUCAAAUGUCAGAAGUUUGAUUUCAACUGGUAUGCUUGAUGGUGUUCCUGUAAAGUAUGUUUCUUUGUCACGGGAGGAGCUUCGCGGUGUUAUAAAAGGCUCUGGCUAUCUCUGUAGUUGUCAAUCAUGUAACUUCUCUAAGGUGUUGAAUGCAUAUGAGUUUGAACGCCAUGCCGGUUGCAAGACAAAACAUCCAAACAAUCAUAUAUACUUUGAGAAUGGAAAGACUAUUUAUCAGAUCGUACAAGAAUUAAGGAGCACUCCUGAAAGCAUGCUGUUUGAUGUAAUUCAAACAGUGUUUGGUGCACCAAUUAAUCAGAAAUCCUUUCGAAUGUGGAAAGAAUCAUUUCAAGCAGCAACUCGUGAGCUUCAGCGCAUCUAUGGGAAGGAAGAACUAAAUUUGUGAAACAACUAUUUUGCCGAAACUUGUUACAGAAUAGCCUCUCAUGUGCAUAGAAGCAAGUAUGACCUAGCAAAUGUAUUAUUACAGAAUAGCAAAUGAUAUAUGUUGUAGGGAAUACCAUUUGGAACUGGCCAAGCGGUGCUUUUUGUUAAUAUGGUGUAGUUCAUGUACUAUUGUUUGCAGGUUAUUGAGAAUUGAGAUAUAAGAUGCUGCUUGCUAGAAUAUCUAAGAAAGACACAAGAGAGUUAUGUUCUAAUUGCUGUGUAAAUCAUCGAGGCAAAAUCUAAUUUUGAGUUUGACCUUUUUUGGUUGGUUGUAUUUAA